CAGGUUAAUGUUUGCCAUUUAAAUUUUUUUAUAUAUCUGUCGUUUAACUUGUCAAUUCUUUAAAAUAUAUUUUUAACUGAUUAAAUAUAUUAAAUUUACAUGUUAUAAUGGCACAAGUGAAAAACUUACCACAGAGCAAAGAGGCACUUUUAAAGUCUUACAAUAAACGAUUAAAAGAUGAUGUGAAAUCUAUGGUUGAUAACUUUACUGAAAUAGUUAAAUUAGCUAGACCUAGUCAUGAGGAUGAUGGAGGAAAUGUAAUUCGUCCCCUUGCGACAUCACAGGAUCAGUGUGAAAUGCAUGUAAGAGCUGCAAAUAUUGUUCGUGCAGCUGAAUCUUUAAUGAAGUUAAUAUCGGACAUAAAGCAGUAUCUUAUUCUGAAUGACUUUCCAUCUGUCAAUGAAGCUAUCUCUCAGAAAACAAAAAUGUGCAGAGCUGUGCAAGAUAGCAUUGAUUCUAAACUGACAAAUCUUAGAGAUGACAUGGCUUCUGAACUGUAUGAUUUAGAAGAGGAAUAUUAUUCAUCUGCUUUUAAAUUAAAGCCCAUGUUUUCAGAAGAUAAUGUCCUCAAUUAGCAAUAAUCCAUUCAAGGCUUAGGAUGAUUAUUUUAUUGCUUGCAUUUUUUAAAAUGCGAUCUUUGCAUCCGGUCCCGACAGGUUCUUUUGGCUGUAUCUGAAGUACAGUGCAUGUGGUUUGAAUCCUGCUGAUGAUGCAAUUAUGUUUUGGGGACGCAUUCAAGAUGAAAGAUUGGUCUUCCUGUUUCUCCUGAUGCUUGUUAGAUUUAUGAAAUCUUUAACAGCUGGGAAGUGUUGUGAAAUGUAUGAUUCUUUGUCAUAGUUUGAUAAAAGUUUGCUCAUUUAUUAAAAAUAUCUCUACAUUUGUA